ACUAUUUGGGCAUGAUGGGAAGGAAUUGCUUGAGUGGAGACUGGGUCAGACACAUGUGUCAUGCUAAAGAUGGCGGACGGCAUUGGCAGGGACGAAUCGCCAGAACAAAUUGAGUCUCUAGACGAGCAUAGAGGCGACAAGGAAGUCCCAGAUCGCGAAAUUAAUGGCGAUAUCGAAGAAGAGCCUGCGAAAGGAAGCCUUCAACCAGCGUCUGGGGGCUCUAAGAAGAAAAAGAAGAAGAAGAAAAAGGGCGAAGUAGGAAGUGAAACUUCACCGGAGUCUUUACCUAGUUCGGCAGUAAACUUGCAAAGCUUACGGCAGCUGCAGAAUUUACAGAAGAGUUUCGAACUUUUGCGAGCCGGGGAAGCGAAAGCCCCCAGGACGACAGAGGAGGCUUUGAAGAAGACAUAUCAAUUUUGGGAUACUCAACCAGUUCCCAAACUAGAUGAAGAUGUUAAUGAGUGUGGCUGUAUUGAAGAUGACAAGCCCAUUGAAGAGCUCAGGAGAGAGCCUUACACUCUCCCCCAGGGGUUUGUGUGGGAUACCCUGGAUAUCAGUGAUGAAAAAGUGUUAAAGGAGCUUUAUACGUUACUGAAUGAAAACUAUGUGGAAGAUGAUGACAAUAUGUUUAGAUUUGAUUAUUCCCCGGAAUUUCUUUUGUGGGCUCUGAAGCCUCCUGGCUGGAAGCUUCAGUGGCACUGUGGUGUACGUGUGGCAAGUAACAAGAAGCUUGUGGGUUUCAUAAGCGCUAUCCCAGCACACAUCAGGGUCUAUGAUCAGACUGUCCUGAUGGUUGAAAUUAACUUCCUUUGUGUUCACAAGAAACUUCGAUCAAAAAGGGUAGCCCCUGUAUUGAUACGAGAGAUCACAAGGAGGGUGAACUUGGAAGGAAUCUUCCAGGCUGUUUACACUGCUGGCGUAGUGCUGCCCAAACCUGUGGCUUGUUGCCGGUACUGGCAUCGGUCUCUUAACCCAAAGAAACUNUUUUUAGGAGGGAGGAAAACUGGAGAACCCAGUAAAAAACCCUCCGAACAAGCCAAGAACCAACAUCAAAAUCGACCCACAUAUGACACUGGGCUGGAAUCAAGCCUGGGCCACAUUGGUGGGAGGCAAGCCCUCCACUACUGCCCCAUCCCUGCUCCAAAUGUUGGAAAACCUGAGGACAAUGGUUUGAUUAUUUCACAGGCCACAAAGACUCAGCGCAUUUUUGUACUCACAGCUGAGGAUAUGUCUUCUGCCUUUCAAAAGACAACAGAGUAUUUGAAGAAGUUCAGCUUGGCACCGGAGUUCUCUGAGGAGGAAUUUAAACAUUGGUUCACGCCACGCGAAGGCAUUGUGGACUCUUUUGUUAUCAAGGACGAGGAAGGCCAAGUCACUGACAUGAUCAGUUUCUACACAUUGCCAUCAACAGUGAUGCACCAUCCCGUACACAAACAGCUCAAGGCAGCUUACUCAUUUUACAAUGUCUGUCACAAGACUCCGCUCAUUGAUCUCAUGCAGGAUGCUUUGAUUUUGGCAAAACAGCGUGGCUUUGAUGUGUUCAAUGCCUUGGAUCUGAUGGAAAAUAAAGAAUUCUUAGAAAAGUUGAAGUUCGGCAUCGGCGAUGGAAAUCUGCAGUACUACCUGUACAACUGGAAGUGUCCGUUCAUGGAACCUGCAAAAGUUGGACUUGUUCUGCAGUAAAUAUGUUCUGAAUCAACGCGACGUCUACAUUUGACUGUCAGGAAAUAUAAACUUGAAGAAUUAUAUCAUAACAUCCAAGGCUAACUGGAUAAUGAAGGACAUUCCAUGAAGAAAGUCACGAAGUAGGAGCUUGCUCGACGCAGGCCGUGCUGUGUUACUGUAUUUCGACCCUAGUAAUAUGCCGGCUGGUGAUUCAGAAUGGACUUCAAGAAAACUGUAUUGAAUAGUAAAAAUACGCUGCAUCUAGGAACAAGGGAAGUAUAACAGACCAAGGCGGACAUUUUAAACAAAAAAAACCGUGUGGCUAUGUGCGUUUAUUACUUUCAAUUUUUUUUUUUAGAUUGGAGCGAUUUCAAUUGAGUGUCAUAAAACUAAAACCAAAGUUAUGUCUCUGGCUAAUCACAGUUACACAGCCAAUCCAGUGAACCAAUCAAACGCGUUGCAAAUACAUGUGGCCGAAGCAAAGCGUGGGAAAACGCGUGCGAGCGAGUCACAAUUGGUUUUGGUUGUACUCAGUUGCGAUUGGAUUGCAAAGUGGCGGGAGUUUUUUAAGCCAAUCGCUUGGCGUAGUGACGCAAAACCAAAGCAAAUGCCAAUUGCAUUCGACAGUCAAAUGAAAACCGCUCUAUUGGUGUAAAGGUAUAAGAUAGUUUUUUUUUUUUUGCUUUUGUUUCGGUGAUAUCUAGGUGCUGUGUAGAUUGUGAUAUAGGUUUUUAAAAUUGAGUGUAAAGGUUUCGAAUGAAAAGUGAUGUACGAUGAGCAUUUUACGUUUACGGAAGGUGCCAGGCUAUGCUGUGUUGUGGAGCUCAGAUUUCUCGUUUUGUUAUCAAAACUCAAAAUUAGGUACGUAAACAAACAGAGAAAUAGGGAUGGUCAGAAUUAGCCAAGGUAAUGCAAAAUUUCCGACGUCAAGAACAGCUGUCUCCAGCAGAAAUCAAAUUUAGGUUCAUGUAUUCUCUAGCGAGGAUUUUUGUUAUUACGCGAGUAAAACAUUUUAAAGCUCAGAUUCAGUACUUAAAUAGGGAGCUUAAGCUAACCACGACGACUGCAACGAGAACGUCACCAAGCAAAAGGUUUAAUGAGCAAAACAGUGGCUGUGUACAUGGCCUAUAAGUCUUUGUUCAUUUCUUAGCCGUCCUCUGCAAAACAACAACGUGAAAUAACCAAGUUCUGCGUCGUCUGAGGAACGCGGAUGACGACGACUAAUUUCUCGUAUUUCCAUUUGGAAUUGAAUGCUGUUACUGCAUAUUUAGCCUGAGCACGUUUUUAGAGCCAUAGGCGUAC